CACUCCCCUCAAGUGUUCCAAAUGGACGCAGCAGGGCUUUAACCCACCAAAGCCUCGCCGCCGAGCACAGCCCCGCCGCCGCUGGCCCCUUCCCCCCUCCGCGGGCUCCUCCGCCCGCUGCUCCUCUAUCGGUCUAGCGGAGCCGGAGAUCCAUCGCCAUCUAGACGACGACUGGUUUCUUCUCGUGUUGGGUUCGUCUUCUUCGGCGCGCAAGAUCGAUUCUUGUUGGCAUCGUAGCAGUUCCCGUACCUAAUCGAGGUGCGGGCGGAGUUGAUUUUUCGAGAAUUUGGGGGUUCAGCUGAACCCCCAUGACCCAGGUGAAGCCCGCCCCUGGGGGAAGGAUGCUGACCGUGCUGCGUGUGCACCUCCCGUCGGAGAUCCCGAUCGUUGGAUGUGAGAUCACGCCGUACGUGCUCGUGCGGCGCCCCGACGGCGGCAUCUUGACCGACGACGUGUCUGAGGCCUCUCCCGUUGAUGGGUACUUCAUGCGCUACAAGUGGUACCGCAUACAAAGUGAUCGAAGAGCCGCUGUCUGCAGCUUACACCCAACAGAACAAGCAACGCUUCAGUGUAUAGGGUGUCUGAAAUCAAAAAUUCCUGUUGCUAAGAGCUACCAUUGUUCUGCUAAGUGCUUCUCUGAUGCCUGGCAACACCACAGGGUUCUGCACGAACGUGCUAUUAGUGCUUUAAAUGAAAAUGGAACAGAAGAGGAGGAGUUAUUUGGCAAAUUUGGCAGUGGCAGUUCGAGUUCAGGGAUUAUUAGUGCUGCGUUGUCUGGUUCAACACCAAAUCUUUCGCAGAGUUCAGGUGUUAAUAAUGGACCUACACCUGUGUAUCCAACAGGCACUGAAAAGAGUUCCGGUGAAACUUGGUUCGAAGUGGGACGCUCACGAACAUAUACAGCAACUGCUGAUGAUAUUGGGCAUGUAUUAAGAUUUGAAUGUGUAGUUGUGGAUUUGGAAACAAGGGGGACUGUGCGAGCUCCUACUUCGGUCAUGACAUCCCGUGUGAUCCCAGCACCAACCCCCACUCCACGUCGCUUGAUCCCUGUGAAUGCUGCUGAUGCAAUGGGGCAUUUUGAUUUAGAUAACCGAACCACUUCGUUUGGGACAUUUACUGUGCUGUCCUACAAUAUUCUCGCUGAUACAUACGCAACAAGUGAUACAUACAGCUAUUGUCCAACUUGGGCACUUUCAUGGGCUUACAGAAGACAAAAUUUACUGCGUGAAAUUAUUGGUUACCAUGCUGAUAUUAUCUGUCUUCAGGAGGUACAAAAUAAUCACUUUGAAGAAUUUUUUGCACCAGAGCUUGAUAAACAUGGAUAUCAAGCACUUUAUAAAAAAAGGACAACGGAGGUGUACGCAGGAAGUCCUCAAGCAAUUGAUGGUUGUGCUACUUUUUUCCGAAGGGACAGAUUUUCUCAUGUCAAAAAAUAUGAGGUUGAGUUUAAUAAGGCUGCGCAGUCUUUAACUGAUGCUAUUAUUCCUGCUGCCCAAAAGAAGUUGGCUCUAACUCGUUUGGUUAAGGAUAAUAUUGCGUUAAUUGCUGUUUUAGAAGCUAAAUUUGGUAACAAUGGGACUGAAAAUCCUAGUAAAAGACAGCUUCUUUGUGUUGUAAGUGCUUCCUUAUUAUUGGGGUUAGCAUUGUUAAUAACAUCUAUGCUGCUUUUGAAGACGAUCAAAUUUCUUCCAUUAGGCACUGAAAGGAUUGGAGAAAUAGCUGUCAGUGCGGAUAUUCCUAUGUUGGUCUGUGGAGAUUUUAAUUCAAUCCCUGGAAGUACAUCACAUGGGCUUCUUGCUAUGGGCAAAGUUGAUCAAUUGCAUCCAGAUCUGGGGGUAGAUCCUCUUGGAAUUUUGCGCCCACCAAGCAAACUGACACACCAGCUUCCUCUGGUCAGUGCAUACUCAUCUUUUGCGAGGAUGGCUAGUGUUGGUUAUGAUUUGGAUCACCAGCGAAGGAGGAUGGACCCCACGACAAAUGAGCCAUUGUUCACAAAUUGCACGAGGGAUUUCACUGGUACCAUCGAUUACAUAUUUUACACAGCUGAUUCAUUGACAGUGGAGUCGUUACUGGAACUGUUGGACGAGGAUAGCUUGAGAAAAGACACAGCUCUUCCUUCCCCUGAAUGGUCAUCGGAUCAUAUCGCACUCCUAGCAGAAUUCCGGUGCAAGCCGAGAGUUAGACGAUAAUUUUAGGAGGAGCUGUAGGGGAGGGAUUCUCAACAAUCAGAAGAAUGCCUUCGUGGAAGUCAAGAAUGAGAAAGCCUAAGGGAAAGAGGCUUGUGAUUUUCCUCACCCUUUUACAUUUUGCCCUGAUGUUUUCUAGUGGCUCAAGUUGGAAAGCGACUUCCUAUAGAUGAUAUAUCUUUGCAAAGAGAAAUAAUUUAAUAGAUUUGGAUGUCAUUUUUAGUUUUCCAGCCUCACUUUCUCACCCCUCACCUUCAGUGAGUCCAAUGUCCACAUUUUUGUUUCUUACCUUGGAAUUUAGUUCUUACAAACUGGAAAUGAUCCCUUCCAUUGUGUAUGCCUCCUUUUCUUGUGACAUGUAAAUUCUGUUGUAUGGGGGGUUAGCGCUUGUUUUGUAGACGUAGUUGUUAUUUGAAGAUGCUUAGUCGAAAAAACAGCGCUGUUGGGGUUAUCAUGGAGGACAUGGAACAGCACCUGGUGAGGCUGUUGUAAGAAUUUUGAGCUUCACACUGGGGAGGCUAUAUUGAAUGAAAACUGUGAAAUUUGAUGUCU